AAUAAUCUAGUGGUAGUGGCACCGGUAUUUAUUUUGUAAAUCCACUCAACUUGAAAGAAAAUACAGUCGAUAAGGAAAACUAAAAGUUCGGUUGAUAAUAGUUAUGAACAAAUUACAUAUUUACAGUGUUUUACUUGGCCUCUUGCUAAGUAUAUUUUCUAGUGUUGCUGAAGGAUGUAAGGGAUGUGUUAAUUUGGAUGAAUACAACUUCGACAAAAUAAUUUCCAGAUUUGAAGCUGUUUUAGUUAAAUUCGACGUGAACUACCCCUACGGUGACAAACACGAUGUAUUUAACACUCUUGCUACAGAAAUUGUGGACAGCAAGAACUUAAUACUAGGACAAGUUGCUAUCAAAGAUUAUGGUGAGAAAGAAAAUGAAGAAUUCGCAAAAAAAUUCGGUAUACAAUCCAAAGAGGAUUUACCGGCACUCAGACUUUUUGUCCAAGGAGAGGAUGAACCAUUUGCUUUCCAUAAAAGUAUGUUAUGGAAUAACGAAAACUUGAAAAAAUUCAUAGUAGACCACACCAACAUUUACUUAGGACUGCCAGGAUGUUUGGAAAUAUAUGACAAAUUGGCCAACAAGUUUUCAAAAGCUAAUAAUAAGGACAAAGUUCUUAAAGAAGCCGAGGAAGCAGUUGCAAAGCUGGAUACAGAUAGAGAACGGGAUAUUGCUAAAACAUACAUCAAAUUUAUGAAAAAGACUAUUGAGGCUGGAGAAGCUUUUAUUAGCCAAGAGCAAAAACGUCUAAACAAAAUAGUAUCUGAAGGAAAAGUAAAUGAAAAGAAGAAGAGGGAACUAUCUAACCGUCUUAACAUACUCAAAUCAUUUAGUCAAGAAGUCUCAAAGACUGAACUCUGAUGGAAGUGGAUUUUACUUGCAUACCUAAUAGUUUUUCCAAUAAUGUAUGUUUUUGUUCAAAGUAAAUGCCAAAGAGCUGAUACAAUGUGUAAAGAUUGAAAAACAAAGAAAAUAAGUGCAUAUUCAUGAUCAUUUGUAUUGUCUUCCUUAAAAUGUUCUACAAAUAAAAGAGUUGACUGUGGAUUAAAAAAGCAACAUGACAAAUGUGGGCAUUUGAAAAAAUUAUGAAGAUAAUUUGAUCAUGCAUGUACAGUAGAACCCUGAUUAUCCGUGCUUCAUGUGAGCGGGCAUUUUUUUAUGUAUAUGUACGUUAUACAUACAUGCACAUAUACAUAUCAUAAAAAGAACAGAAAAAAUCAAACUCAUAAGUUCAAACUAAAGUUUAUAGUACAUAACAGAAAAAAAAACAGAUUUCUACCAAAAUAAAUUUUUAUAUUACAUAAUAAAAAUAAAAACUACAUAAAGGUAUUAUAUAUUUUAGGUGGCUAUGCUUUUGAAAAAUAAUCAGUCACUUUGGCCUAUGUUAAAAGUUUUCGAUUUUUUAUAAUUUUCUGAAAUAUUUUUUCUGACAUAAUUAUGCAAAUUUAAAAUAUCAACAAAAUCUGAAGAUUUUUGUUGCUCAAAAUAGUCUAUUACAACAUUGACAGCUUCCUCAGCCUUUUGGUUAGUUAUUCUGUUGGCUGUUGGUUAAUAAUGUUCCAUCAUUGUCUUCAUCUUAACUCUCAUUUUCGGAUGAAUCAGGUUGUGACGUACCAGGCUGAUGGGAAACCAGUUUGACAAUUUCGUCUUUGCUGAAGAGCUGAUAGCCAGACUCAUUUCUAUGACACUCUAUCCUCGAUUUCAUCAAUUUCUUCAAGCACUAGUUGCGUUGCGCACUAGUGCUUGAAUUCGCGAUACUUUCAUGUUCCUCUAGCGUCAUUAUUUUGUAAAAAGCUCUUUUGAUAGUAGUCUCUUUCACCCCAUUCCAUGCAUUUGCUACUGUAAAAAUUGCAUCUUGUAUGGUGAAUGAUUUCCAAAACUUCAUCCAACAAGUUCAUCAUAAAUUCUUUUCGGUAUAGUCGUUUCCUUGUCGUAAUAACAUCUUGAUCCAUUGGUUGAGCAAUGGUUGUAAUAUUAACUGGAAAAAAAAGAACAAAGAAAUUUCCAUUGUCAGAUCUUAGGGUCGCCUGAUUGGGAUGAGCACCAGCAUUAUCCAGAAGAAGAACCGCCUUUUGUGGUAAUUUUUCUUUCUUUAAAUAUAUAUUUACUUCAGGAAUGAACUUUUCAUGGAACCAGUCUUUGAAAAUGUCACAAGUUAUCCAGGCAGCCUUCUGCUUAUAAUAGUGAACUGGGAGGUUCUGUCGUUUCAUAUUUUUAAAAUCGCAAGAAUUUUUUGACUUUCCAAUCACAGUCAGCUUCAAUUUAUGGCUGCCAGACGCAUUGGCACAACACAAAACGAUUAUCCUAUUUUUACAUUUUUUAUACCCAGGUGUACUCAUCUCAUUACCUGCAACUAAAGUUUUUUUAGGUAUUGCUUGCCAGUAUAAUCCUGUUUCCUCAGCGUUAUAAAUUUGAGAAAGUUGUAAAUUAUUUUCUGUAAUUAUAGCCUCCAGCUUAUAGCAAAGUUCCACCAUUGCUUCUCCGUCGGCACUGAGCUUUUCGCCUUGGAUGGUAAGCUCAUGAAUUCCGUGACGUUUUUUGAAUCGAUGUAACCAACCACUGGAUGCAUUAAAAGGUUCUUUGAUUUUCAAAUUUUUGUGAAAAAUCUCCGCUUGCUUAGCAUACAUUGGUCCCGAAAUUGGUACGCCCUCUUCUGCCGAAACCACUUGGAAAGCGCUUCAUCGAGUUGUUGAAAGUCGAUCCUUUCAAAGAUUUCCGUGCAGGUAUGUUUUUAAAAGAGUCAGAUUGAGAUAUAAAAUUUUGUAGUUUCUAUUAAUGUCGCGUAUUGUUUGCUUACCAACUUCGUAGCUCCGUGAUAAUGAUGUGACACUUUCACCCUUUUCACUUCUGUUUAAAAUCUCUAGUUUUUGUUCAAUCGUUAAAACACUUCUCUUUCGUUUAAUACUGGUUGUUGACAUUUUGAAAAUAAAAACACGUUAUAAGAAUAACCAGAGUAGCGACUGAUUUCUAGCUUCCAACUAUGUAUGUAUGUAAAUACUAAAUCUCACACAUUCGACGUAAUACGCAGCCGCGGCGGCAUAUUAUAAGCUACUGAUUUCCAGUGAUUCCCCGAGCACUGACGCUAUGGAUAUUGCCAUUAUGCGCCUUUCCCACGACGUAGUAAUUUUGCGGUGAAGUCGUUCUGAUAAAACGCCAAUUCAAUGUUAAGUAGCACGGAUAAUCCGCACACGGAUAAUCGGGUUUCUACUGUAUAUUCUUUUAUAAUAUAUUACAUAUCAUGAAAAUAUACUUAUUUAAAACAUGCUAUGUCUGUCCCCAAAUAUCCUAUGAGAAUUUCUUUGUUUGAAAGUCAUUUAUUGUGUUUUAAAUUUUAAAUAUGUGGUGAUAGCAUUACUUCAGUUAUAAAAAUUAAAUUCAUAGUUGAUGGUUUAAGUUAUGAAAUAAAAUUAUUUUCGAAAUAUAUGAACAAAGAGUUCUAUCUUAAUUUUCUAUUAUAUUCUGGGAUAUUAUUAUUAUAUAUUAAAAACAAUAAUUUAUUAUAUCUUACAUUUCUGAGAAUAUAAAAGUCAUAGUAUGUGAAAUUAUAAUGAAUCACUUCUCUUUCUUUUUUGGGUAUCUCCAUUAGUGAAUAUUAGUGAGCAUUAAAUAUUUUUGUCUUCCAUAUGAAAUGGUAUCAAUAUUUUUUUUAAAAAGUGUUCUUUGAAAACUUGAGUAACACAAUUUUAAUUAAAAAUAUUUUUUAUAUUUUUAAUUUCUACUUUAAAGAUCAUUAUCAAAAUACCAAAGAUUAAACUUAUUUUCAUAACAAUUUUUGAAGUGGAAAUUAAAAUUGUAAAAUGUUUUUGAUUAAUUUUUUGGUUUAUUUAUUAAUAUAAAAAAUGCCAGAGGAAACUAGUUUCAAAACCAUAUUCUCUAGCAAUAUUUAAUUUAUUUUAAAACACAAAUAAUAUCAAACAUGAUAGUUCUCUGUCAAUAGUUUUAUGAGUCUUGUAUACUACUUUUUGAAAUAGAAUUUUUUCAAUAACUGUGGUGUCAUUCCCAACAAAAAAAACAUACUUGGCCAUUUAGUUACAUAGUUCAAUCUCUAAAAUAGCUCUAUCUCACAUUUAACUAUAUUAAGGGUUUGUGUUAAAAAUAACUUGUACCUUCGAUAGAUGCAGUGGUAUUAUUUGAUAAUGACAUGUCAGUGUAUUGCAAGUUGUGUUAUAGAUAUAACUACUAUCUGGGUAUAGAUUUUACAGCUUUAGUUGUGAAUUUUCACAACUUAUACUACUCUUGUGCUUUUCUUCUAUCUGAAAUGAGUAUGAACAUCUUAUUUUUUUUAAUAUCUUUCAGUUGUGUUUCUUUGAUAAGAUUUUUUCUGUAAUGAGGAUCAAAAUCUAACGAGUCAAAAAAAUUUGGUGGCAGAUACAUAUUAUUUAUUUAUUUAUUUUGAAUAUUAUUUUAUAUAUUUGGUUUAAUAAAAUGGCAGCAUUUAGUUAUUCCAAUGGUUUGUAAAAGAUUUCAUUUUUAUCCAUGUUUCUUUCAUAUAUAUUUCUGUUUAAAGUAUUCCUGAUUUUCAUCAAUUUUAAUUAGAUAUCGAACUUGUUCUAUUUAUUGCCCUCUAGAAAUCUAUUGAUUACUAAAAUUAUGGUUUUAUGUAUGUUUCCAUCAUAAGACUUCAUAUUUUUUUUAAGUUUAUAAUUUUGCAUAAAUUUUCUUUUGUAAAAGAAAUUUUUUGCUCCCAUUAAUACUUAAAAAUGAAGCUAACUAAUUUCUGCAUCCAGCAUUAAGUAUUGGUGGGGUUUGAUCCUUAAAAUUAAUAUAAAAUAUCUAAACAAAAGAAUCUAAGUUUUUAUGAAAUCUUAAUUGUAAAACAAACAUGUUUAAUGAAGAAAAUUAUGUUAAAGCUGUUGUAACUGAAUUAUUGUGUGAUAAAUAACAUUCCUUUUUCGAGAUUAUAUUUGCAUUUGAUGCAUUUACUUUGUUAAUAUAUCUGUUAUAGGUUUUAUUUUGAGAUUUUGAAAAUACAGUAUUAAAAAUU